AAUGCUUAUAAGACUUACUAAAAAUCUCUCUUUUCCCAAAACAAUCCCUCUUCUUUGUCAAACUAGCACCAGAUCGUUCUGGGGUAACUCCAAGAAAGCCCCAAAGCAGUCAAAGGAGCCAAAGGAGGCCUCUCAGGGCUCAGGGAACACCAGCGAGGUUGAUAGUGAUGAAGAGUUUACUGUCAAAGUCAAGGAAAUCAAAAAGUUAAUCAUGGAACAAGAUGAGGAAAUUGAGGAUCUUAAGAAGGAAUUCGCAGCUGUAGUGGCGUUGUAUCAGAAGCAGGUGGAAGAUAAUGAUAAAUCUGUGAAAAAGUGGGUAAGGAAGGUAGAUUAUACAAAAAAGUCAGCAUUGGAGAAGUUUUCAGAAGAUGUGCUAACUAUUAAGGAUACUCUUGAGGAUUCUAUUGCAGAUUUAGAUUCGCACUCUUUAGAGAAAUCUAGUAAGAGUAGUCCACAGGAGCAGUAUGAGGCUGGAAUUAGUGGGUUAGAGACUUCUUUAAAGAAGUUUGAUGAGGUUAUGGCUAAGUAUCAUAUUGAGCAAUUCAAUCCUAUUGGUGAAAAGUUUGAUCCCCAAGUUCAUGAAGCAAUGAUGAUGGUCAAUGACCCAUCUAAGGAUCCAAAUACAGUCUGAAUGGUUAUGGAGACAGGAUGGAAAAUAGGCGAGAGAGUCCUUAGAGCAGCAAAAGUUGGAUGUGUAGCUAAAAGAGGUUAAUGGCAGAGAAAAUUCAAUAAGCUCAAA